AUGCUCGCCUGGAUACCUUCAGCACCGCAGCCUCCGCACCCCUACGUGCCGUCGCGUUCAUCUCCCCUCGCCCCCAGGCACCCCAAUGUCGUGCACCGCCAGCCGCUCGCUCCGACUACGAACACCAGCCACAACAUCUUCUCGUUCUCCAUGGAUCCGCCGUCGAAGCACUCCGCCGCAACUCCGCCGCAGCGCUCCGUGAAGCCAAACCCUUUGAUCCAGAAAACCGCAGGCGACGCGGGCCGAGAAAGGCGACGUGACAUGUUCCUGAAGAAGGUCGCCAAUAAUCGGGACGAGCGCAGAUGGUCCGGAAGAGCUGAGCAGAUCGAACGACUGGACCACAUCAAGGAGCAGAGGCGCUGGCAGCAGUACCUUGAGCGAUCGGCGCCCGGAAGCAUGGAGCCUUCGGAUGAAGAAGAAGAGGGGGAGCAUGAUGAGGAUGCGGAGAACCGCGACCCGAUGCUCGGCAGCAGCCAGAGGUCGACGAACGGCGUGCCGAACGUGUUCAGCAACUACGUGCGCUCCUCACCGCUACAGACUGUUUGGAGCCAGAGCUCGGAAGCCGAGGUUGAGGUGGUUGCACAGCAAGAGGACGAGGAGCUGGACGCCCUGUUGGCGAUGAUGGAGGAGGAUGAGCGGCGCGCGGAUAUCAAUGGCGAUGAUGUCGCGAACCAGCCCUACAACAGCGAUGACGAUGAGUACGACAGCAUCUUCUCGGAGUACCUAGCUGCCCAGCAGACAUCGCAACCAGCACACCACGACUCGAUUGAUGACCAUGACUACGAUGCCAUGGACAUGACCGGCUGA